UCCAAACAUAUUGCCUCUAAGUGAGCAUUUGAGUAGGAAAACUCAGAGAUCUCUUUAGAUGGAAGCAAGAAAACAUUUAUUUAACAAAACAAAACAAACAUUCAUAUGACCCAUUCAUCUUCUUUAGCUACAAUACAACAACUUGAACAACAAGCUAACAAACCAAAGAAAGAGAUAAAGAUGCAUGGAACUUCUGAAUCUUAAAAGAAUCUUAUAAUCAUCAAAUUGCAUUUAAUUUAAGAUACUUAUCACAUGGCGCCGCACGAUCUCCGCCGUCCGUUCAAGCGACCCUUAAUCUCCGAUCAAGAGAGACGAAGACAACACUCCCUACUCCGUCAAGCACAGAAUCGCCUCGACGCCCAACGCCACGCUCGUUUCUUAGUCUCCACCGCAUUCUCUCUUUCAUCCUCCCAAACCCUCGAAUCACAUGAGAAGGAAGAACUCGACGUCUUGGAAGCAUCGAAGCUAAAAGGCGCUGAAGCUCGAAAAUGGUUCGCUAAACAACUCAUGCAUCCUGAAUGGAUGAUCGAUAUCCCCCAAAAUCUCACCAAUGAUUGGUUUGUUUUUGCAAGGCCUUCUGGAAAACGGUGUUUUGUUGUUUCCAGUAACGGAACAACUAUAAGCCGUUUGAGGAACGGUUCAAUACUUCACCGUUUUCCUUCUAAAUUGCCAAAUGGGGCAAGAACAAAGGAAGUUUCUUCUGGUUCUUCCAAUUCUUAUUCUAUACUCGACUGCAUUUUCCACGAGCAGGAUCAAACUUACUACGUUAUUGAUAUGGUUUGUUGGCGUGGCUACUCACUCUAUGAUUGUACGUCAGAGUUUAGGUUCUUUUGGGUGAACUCUAAGCUUGUUGAGACUGGUGCUUGUGAUCCUCCUUCAUAUUAUCAUAAGUAUAGGUUCGGUUUAGUUCCGGUGUAUAGUUGUGACCAGAGUGGUUUGUGUUCAGCUUAUUCCGUGCCUGUGUCUUAUGUCAAAGACGGUCUUCUAUUCUAUAACAAGCAUGCACAUUAUCAGGCUGGGAUUACACCAUUAGCAUUAGUUUGGAAGGAUGAGAACUGCAGCCAAUAUGUUAUGGACACUGACAACAAAGGACAGGUUCCUAACCAACAACAGGUGGUUUUGGAGCUUCAAGAAGAUGGAAAACUGGCUACCUGCGAUGAUCCUCCUAUGGAAUUUGGCUGUUUGGAUGGAAGCUUCAUACAGCAGUCAGAUUUGCAUUCAGGGUAUCUUCUACGGUUUGCAAUUGGAGAGGGAGGAUUGGUUUUGGUGGAUGGGAAACUUGGGAAAGCUGAUCUAAAGUAUCUUGGCAAAGCCAAUCGAGCUCGUGCCUCUGCUGAUAGUUUCUCUAAGGUUAUGUUCCAAUAUAGUGUUCGACACUCCCCCCUCAUAAUUGAUGAUUUGUUGGGUUCUGUCAGCUCCCCAGCAGAUCAAGAAAGUGAAACAUGCGACGUUGAGAUGGAUGGUUGAUAGGAAAUGCUCUAAGGAUUGCAAAUGUCAGUCUUCAUUAUUCUGAAUGCAAUGUUUCAAGUUUUCACCUUGAUUUUUUGUUCUCUUUGAUGCUUAUUCCAUGAAGCCUUCCAUAAUUUAUAUUGAGAAUCCAAACAAUACCAGUGUACCACACGUGCUGCGAUAGAGUUGUAAGAUCAUACUCAAUUCAAGUGGUGGUUUGCCUCUGGAAUUUCUUUAAUUCAUAUGAGAGCAGGUGCACACAUGCACGUUAUCCAACUUGUAUCUGGUUUUGUAUGCUGCUGGUGAUAGCAUGAUGUAGUGUAUCUGAUUUACUUUUACAAUUGCGAGCAAUUUAGUGUACCGUGUAUUUACAGUAUUAUAAAUAAAUUCAAAGUUAUUUUUGUCUAA